AUCCAUCGAUUUAAGAGCUUGCUCUCAUCAAUGUAAUGCAAAGUGUUACGACCCUAUGACCCAUCAGUGUUGUAACGGAAUACUGAUGAAUGGAUUCUGGUCAUGCCCUGAGUGCGUUCAUAAGUGCGUCGAUCGAUGCUAUCCUAAAGGCAAGGGCUACAAGUGCUGUUCCGGAAAGGUUAUUCCCGAUGCAUGGCCAUGUUGUCCACAUCACUGUGCAGGGAAGUGUUUCAAUGCUGAAACCCAGAAAUGCUGUAACGACAAGAUUAUCGAUCGAAAUAAAAUCUGCUGCAAAGACUAUUGUGGUGACAACUGCUACGAUCCUAAAAAAACCUCUUGCUGUAAUGGACAAGUCAUUGACAAAGAUGGCAAGUGCUGCACCAGCAAAUGUGGACAAAUUUGUUACGACAAGGUCACAAUGAAGUGCUGUAACAACAAAGUUAUCCCAAUCUCUGCUACUUGCUGUACUGCUGCACAGAGGGCAUGUGGUAAGAUAUGCUACUCACCCAGUACCCAUCAGUGCUGCCACAACAGUCUCAUUCCAGUUGGAAGUCCAUGCUGUAGUUCUGCACAGAGAGCAUGUGGUAAGACAUGCUACUCACCCAGUACCCAUCAGUGCUGCCACAACAGUCUCAUUCCAGUUGGAAGUCCAUGCUGUAGUUCUGCACACAGGGCAUGUGGUAAGACAUGCUACUCACCCAGUACCCAUCAGUGCUGCCACAACAGACUUAUUCCAGUUAGAAGUCUAUGCUGUACUUCUGCACAGAGAGCGUGUGGUAAGACAUGCUACUCACCCAGUACCCAUCAGUGCUGCCACAACAGACUUAUUCCAGUUAGAAGUCCAUGCUGUACUUCUGCACAGAGAGCGUGUGGUAAGACAUGCUACUCACCAAGUACCCACAAGUGCUGCCACAACAGACUUAUUCCAGUUAGAAGUCCAUGCUGUACUUCUGCACAGAGAGCGUGUGGUAAGACAUGCUACUCACCCAGAACCCACAAGUGUUGCUUUGGAAAAGUUGUUCCAAGUUAUUACCGUACAUGUGGCCAAAUAUGCUACGAUCCAAAGAAAUCCAAAUGUUGCGAUAAUAAAAAAGUCACUCCGUUGUCUAGUCCAUGUGGUUGUGUCCGUUGCGGCGGUGUCUGUAUCAAUACAAAAUUCCAAAAAUGCUGUCAUCAAAGAAUAUUAUUGAAAAGUGUGCCGUGCAUCUCAGGGUCUGGAAAUCCUUUAAGAAUUACAACAGGUUUAAAUGCCAGAAGAGUUGGUUGUUACAGAGACACGUGGAAUCGUGCCAUUCCUACACUGGAAGGUAAAAGUUACAUCCUGAUUGGAAACUACCGAAGGAGACCAUUUGCCAUCGAGAAGUGCGCGUUAGCUGCUGCUAAGCUUGGAUGGAGUGUUUUUGCAGUACAACACCAAGGAUGGUGCGCUUCUAGUCCAACUGCAGGACGUACCUACAAGAAGUAUGGACGAUACAACACUUGUAGAAAUGGCAAGGGAGGACCGUGGGGGAAUGAUGUGUAUGUACUGGAAGGCAAAGGAAGUAAAAGAACAACCAAAGGAGACAUCUGUGUCUUUCCAUUCAUCUAUAAAGGAAAGCUCUACAAUGGCUGUACAAGAGUAGACCACAAUCGUCCAUGGUGUGCUAUAACACCUAACUAUGACAUUGACAGGCUUUGGGGGAAUUGUUAAGCAAGAAAAAAAAAAAACUGGGAGUAAAUUUAUAAUUGUCCUCAAAAUCCCUCUAAAACUAAGUCACAGGGCGGAUCCAGGAAUUUGUUAAGGGAGGGAUGCAGCGCACAUAGUUAACCCAGGGAGGGGUGCACCCCUUAGAAUCAAAGGGAAAAACAUUAUUUUGUAUUGGUUAAAUCUUUGAAGUAGGGACACAAAGUCGAACCAGGGAGGGGUGCGUGCCCCCUGCACCCCUCCCCUGAAUCCGCCACUGAGUCAAAUUGCAGAAACGAUGUACUCUCUCUUUGCAUGUAUGCUAAACAAUGUAUUUGUGUGUAGAAAUAUAGUCAAUAAAAUAAUAAAAUCAAUUAAA